UGAUUCGAAACCCUGUUUUAAAUCCCCUCAUUGCAUCUCCUCACGUGAAUCUGACGCCGAUGGAUAGGAUUUACGUCGCAGUUAGGGCUCGGCCCCUUUCGCCGGAAGAAUCUAAAACAACCCCUUGGAGGACUUCGUCCAACUCCAUCUAUCUACACAACCAGCCGACGAAGUUCGAAUUUGACAGGGUUUUUGGGGAGGAUUGCAAGACGGUGGACAUUUUUGAGGCCAGAGCGAAGGAGAUUGUUGCUUGCGUCGUUCGUGGGUUCAAUGGUACAGUUUUUGCUUACGGCCAAACAAGUAGCGGCAAGACUUAUACCAUGAGAGGAUCUGAGGAAGAACCGGGGAUCAUCCCGCUUUCUGUGCAUGAGUUAUUUUGCAGUAUUCAAGAGGAAAUGGAUAGAGAAUUUCUUGUUAGAAUGUCUUACAUGGAGAUAUAUAAUGAGGAGAUCAAUGAUUUGUUGGCCCCUGAACAUCGGAAGCUGCAAAUUCAUGAAUCGCUUGAGAGAGGCAUAUAUGUUGCUGGUUUGAAAGAGGAGAUCGUUACCUCACCUGAACAAGUCCUUGAACUGGUGGAAUUUGGUGAAUCUCAUCGCCACAUUGGGGAGACAAAUAUGAACCUUUAUAGCAGCAGGUCUCAUACAAUUUUUCGCAUGAUUGUUGAAAGCAGGGAGAGAAGCAAGGAGGAUGAUUCAGCUAAUUUUUAUGAUGCUGUGCGUGUAUCUGCUCUGAACUUGGUGGAUUUGGCUGGAUCUGAACGUGCUGUUAAGACAGGUGCAGAAGGAAUGCGGCUGAAAGAGGGCUCCCAUAUUAAUAAAAGCUUAUUAACCCUUGGCACUGUCAUAAAAAAAUUAAGUGAUGGCGUUGAAAGCCAAGGCGGCCAUGUACCUUACCGUGACAGCAAGCUUACUCGCAUUUUGCAACCUGCUCUUGGUGGGAAUGCAAAUACUGCUAUUAUAUGCAAUAUUACUCUUUCACAGAUUCAUGCCGAUGAGACAAAAUGUAGUCUCCUGUUUGCAAGCCGAGCUCUUCAAGUAAAAAAUUGUGCCUGUGUAAAUGAGAUUUUGACAGAUGCUGCACUAUUGAAGCGUCAAAAAAAAGAAAUUGAAGAGCUUCGUGCAAAAGUUCUCAAUCUGACCAUCUGGAGAAGGAAAUUCUUAAUUUACGGAACACCCUAUUACAGAGUGAGCUAGAGAAGGAGAGAAUUGCUUUAGAGUUAGAAGAGGAAAAGAAAGCUAAAGCUCAUCGUGAGAGAAGAUUGCUGGAGCAAGCAAAGAAGAUUGAAAAUCUUAGUUCAUUGAUUUUAUUUUCUGAACGGGAGGAUAGAACUGUUCCUUCCA